AUGAGAAUGAUCAAGCUUUUUAACCUCUCUCUCUUCUUCAUCCUCUUCCCACGCUCCGAAAGCUGUGACUCAAAUGACAAAACUACCCUCCUCAAGAUCAAGAAAUCCCUAAACAACCCUCAAAUCCUCAGUUCUUGGGAUCCACGUAACGACUGCUGCAUUCACUGGAUCGGCGUCGCGUGUACACACGGCCGCAUCACCGGCCUAACCAUCCAGGCCGGAGACGUCGUCGGUCAGAUAGCAGAGGAGAUCGGCGACCUCACCGACCUCGUUAUCCUAGAUUGGAGUAGUCUCUAUCAUCUUAGAGGAACCAUUCCACGCUCAAUCACAAAGCUCAAGAAUCUAGUUUACCUCCGGUUUAGGAUAACCGAACUCUCUGGUCCAAUCCCGGAAUACAUCAGCGAGCUUCAGAACAUAACCUUUUUGGACCUCUCUUUUAACCGGUUCAAUACCCGGUUCGAUUUCUCAAAUGCCGAAGCUAGAAGAAAUACAGCUCGGUCCCAGAUCUCUACUUGGAUCAUAAUCACCUCUCAGGAAAAAAUACCAAAGUCGUUAUCCAAAUCCGACUUCAACAUUGUGAGUUUGUCAGGAAACAAUUUCAGUGGAGACGCUUCGAUGUUCUUUGGACAUAACAAAACAAGUGUAAGAUUGGACUUUGUCGAUGAACAACUUCCAUUUCGAUCUCUCAGAGGUGAAAUUCGCCAAGAGCUUGGUGUCAUUGGACCUGAGCCAUAA